GGGCGGGGUCCUGAGACCGGAAGUAGGAAGCCGGAAGCCGGAAGUGGGCCUGUGAGGACGUGUUCCGAGGAAGCCAGAGCCCGGGCCGGCGGGGCCGGCGACAUGGAGCCGCUGUACCAACAAACGCACAAGCAGGUCCACGAGAUCCAGUCUCACAUGGGACGCCUGGAGACGGCAGACAAGCAGUCUCUGCACUUAGUAGAAAAUGAAAUCCAAGCAAGUAUAGACCAGAUAUUCAGCCGUCUAGAACGUUUGGAGAUUUUGUCCAGCAAGGAACCCCCUAACAAAAGACAGAAUGCCAAACUUCGAGUUGACCAGUUAAAGUAUGAUGUCCAGCACCUGCAGACUGCUCUCAGAAACUUCCAGCAUCGGCGCUAUGCUAGGGAGCAGCAGGAGAGACAGCGAGAGGAGCUUCUCUCUCGGACCUUCACCACUAACGACUCUGACACCACCAUACCAAUGGAUGAAUCACUGCAGUUUAACUCCUCCCUCCACAGCAUUCACCACGGCAUGGAUGACCUCAUUGGAGGCGGGCACAGUAUUCUGGAGGGACUGAGGGCCCAGAGACUGACCUUGAAGGGGACUCAGAAAAAGAUCCUUGAUAUUGCCAACAUGCUGGGCUUAUCUAACACAGUGAUGCGGCUCAUUGAGAAGAGGGCUUUCCAGGACAAGUACUUCAUGAUCGGCGGGAUGCUGCUCACCUGUGUGGUCAUGUUCCUUGUGGUGCAGUACCUGACAUGAGCCAGCCACACCCAGUGGCUGGACGGCGUUCCCAUCGUGCGACUGUGUGAGUGUGAGUGUGUGCACGUGAGAGAGAGAAGGGCCUAGAAGCCACCUUUUGAAAUGUAUGCCUGCCUUAACUGUGAAGACCACUUGGGAGUAAUUGUGAUCAAACUGCUCUGUUUUCUGUGACAUCUUGGGGAGCUAGUGCCACCAAGAUGCAUGGUACUUAGUAAGUGAAAGAAGUUCUGAUUCUCUCACCCUCACUCUGACUGGGGGAGGGAAGGGAUGGCUUUGGUGGCUUUGUCCAUGUGACUGGGUGCGCACCUGGAGAAGGUUUCUGCAGUGAGCCUUACAUGCAGGCCUAUCCACACUGUUCACACCUUGUCAUCAGCAGCCUUUGUGGCUCCUAAUGGAUAGGCUGGAGCAAAAGCAGAAAGGAGAGAGAAGAGGCCUUUUCCUACACCUGUUGUAGUGGAUCAAUUUACAUACUCCUGCUCCUAGCCACCCUCCCCCAAACAAAUGACAUAUAGAUGACUAACUGCUAACACUCCUCAUCUUUUCCUAGAAGCAGCUACCUAGGAGAAGCAGAGACUUUAAAGCUAUUGUUGAUAAGGGUAAGCUUUUCCACACUAUGGUUGCUGGGCAUUUGUCCUUCCUGUCAUGAGGCCAGUGUUCCUGGGAGUGUUCAGUCUGGAGACUAAAGACCCAAGUCACAAUUUUUUUUUUUUUUUUUCAAGUAUUAAUAGAAUGGUUAGCUCUUUUAAAAUUCAGAGACUGCAGCUGGACACCUAUGCCCAGGCUUUGGUGCACCUUUGCCUCUUAGAAGGUAGCAAAGAGCGAAGGUUAGUGAUUUGUCAGUUAUAGUCUCAUCUCUAGUUCUAACAUCUCUUAAUUCUUUGGUUCUCUUUAUUCUUUGAAAUACAUUAGCACCUGCCUACCCAGGGUAAGUUACCCUGGAGAUUUCCCUGUUAUGUAUGUCCUCAUGAUACUUUCCAGGAACCAGAACCUUUCUCUUCUUCCCAGCCCUGGAUUAAGGCUGUACCAAUACCUGGAGUAUUGUGGAAUUUAUUAUAAAGCCAGUCUGUCUUGAAGUCCAUCUAAUGUGAUUAAUUGAAAGUAUCAGAAAGACCUGGUUAGCAUAGUUGUUCAUCUGUCAGAGGCCCUGCGUGUCCUACCAACCCUAGACUUAGCCUUAUGGCAAAGCAACUGAACACUCAGAAUUCCCCAGGACUGGAAACCUGGUCAGUAUUAAUUCCGCCUUUGAUCGUCCUACUUAUAUGCUGUCUUUGUUCCUUGUAUCUUGAACUGUCUUCUGUCUUGUUUCCCUUCUGCUAUGUAUAUUCUGUUCCCUCCCUUACUCACCUAUUUCAGUAGCAAUACUGGUCUCUUCAAGCAUAUCUGUGACAUAACUCCUCCUUUGGUGAAUUUUCUUAAUUGUCCAAGAUCUUUAACAUGAAUUUCCUGGAUACUAAUUUCAGACUUCUGAUCAGAAGGGAUGUCCAUUACCCCUACCCCUCUGGGCUAAACAGGGACCUUAGAUUUCCAGGAAGGAGGACUCUCUGACCCCUUAAAAGGAUCGACAGCCCUGCAGAGCAAAAACAGUGACCUGAAGCAGGGACAGUGGGGCUGUGGCAUCUUCAACUGCCUUUGGGGAGGCAUUUUGAAAUCUUCACCUUACUCAUCACAGAGCUCUUGGGGGUCCAUAAAAUGGAUUAUUUAGGCUGCACAGACCUGGCCAUCUUGUCUCGGCACCUGAGGAUCCUACCAGGCAGUACACUUUGGAAGAAGGUGUGCAAGUUGCAACUGAGCCAUUUGGACUUGGACUCUGGGAGACAGAAAUCCCCCAACCCCCAGCCCUGUUGGCUGGUAGGGCAUCUUUUUGUAGUAGAUACCAGUUUCCACACUUGCUUUUAUAGUGAUUGCUGAAACCUUCAUGCCACACCUUCGCAGUGGGUUCUCCUGCUUUGGAAUAAAAGUUGUGGAGGUGG